GGACGCCAAGCCUCAAAUCCCUAUGCAUGGCGCUGGCUAUAAAUUCACGCUCUUCCUUUUGCUUGUUCCCCAUCCUUCGCCUCCCCAUUCUCUGCCCUCUCCACAAUCCACGUUAGCAAAGCAUGGCGCUCACUCGCCUGAGUCGCCUCCUCCUCCUCCUCCUCUGCGCCGCAUUGCCAAUGCUCUUCUUCACGUGCGCAGAAGCGGGCGAGGUGGGCGUGAGCUACGGAAGGAUCGGGAACAACCUGAUGGACCCAGCGUCGGUGGUUCAGCUGCUGAAGAGCAACGGCAUCACGAUGGUGAGGGUGUACGACACCGACUCCACGGUGCUCACCGCAAUGAAGAACACCGGCAUCAAGUUGGUGGUGGCGGUGCCCAACGAGAACGUCGCCCUUGCGGCCGCGGAUCCCAACUGGGCCGUGCAGUGGGCUAAGAACAAUCUGAUGCCCUACUACCCCGCCACGGAUAUCCGCGGAGUAACGGUAGGGAAUGAGGUCUUCAACCAGGCCAAGGGACUUACGUCGCAGCUCCUCCCGGCCAUGAGGAACGUGCAGGCGGCGCUGGCUGGCCUGGGCCUCGCCGACGCCGUGAAGGUCACCACGCCGAUCGCGUUCAACGCGCUCAAGAAAUCGUUCCCGCCAUCCAAGAGCCUGUUCCAGGACGACAUCGCCCAGUCGGUGAUGAGUCCCAUGAUCGACUUCUUGGAGCAGACGGGCUCCUACCUCAUGGCCAACAUCUACCCGUACUACACGUACACGUCCCAAUCAGACACAAUCAACCUCAACUACGCGACCUUCCGCCCGAACGACGGCGUCGUCGACGAUGGGACCGGCGUCAGGUAUGACAACCUGUUUGACGCCCAGCUCGACGCCGUGUACUACGCGAUAGACAAUCUACGGGCCUCCUCCACCAAGCGCACCGUGGAGACCUUGCUCAGGGGAGCGCACCGCCGACAUGUGCCCGUGGUAACAGGGGAAUCCGGGUGGUGCUCCUACUGCCCACAGGCGGUGGGGGCCAGCAAGGAAAACGCCCAAGCGUACAACGCUAACCUCGUCAAGCACGUGCAAUCUGGCGGCGCCAGCACCACGUACAGCUCGCUCGCCGUCGGCGCUGCCGCCGCCGACAUCUCCGUGUACAUCUUCGCCCUUUUCAACGAGAACGACAAGCCCGCCGACGAGCAGAACUUCGGCCUGUUCUACCCGAGCGGGCAGCCGGUGUAUGCGGUCGACUUCAGGGCCGGCGGCAGCCCCAGCCCCGGUCCAACCAAAUCCAGCUGGUGCGUGGCGAACGCGGCCGUCGGGGACGCGCGCCUGCAGGCGGCGCUGGACUACGCGUGCGGCAACGGGGCCGACUGCGGUGCCAUCCAGCCGGGAAAGCCGUGCUACGAGCCCAACACCAAGGUUGCGCACGCGUCCUACGCCUUCAACGACUACUACCAGCGCAAGGGCCGCGCCAGUGGGACGUGCGACUUCAGCGGCGCUGCUUCUAUCGUCUACCAGCAACCUGCCGGCAUUUGCGACCCGAAGACGGCAGGCAGCUGGUGCGUAGCCAAUGCGGCGGUCGGGGACACACGACUCCAGACGGCACUAGACUACGCGUGUGGCCACGGCGCAGACUGCAGUGCUAUCCAGCGCGGCGCGCGUUGCUUCGAUCCCGACACCAAGGUCGCGCACGCGUCCUACGCCUUCAACGACUACUACCAGCACAACGGCCGCUCUGCCAAUUCCUGCAACUUUAACGGCGCUGGUUCCAUCGUCUACCAGCAACCAAAGAUAGGCAACUGCGUGCUACCGUCAACAGGCUGAACUGGAGAAAUGCCAGCUCCGUUUAAGAGACUUAACAACAAACCCAUGUAAUGAUGUAAUCAUCCUUAUCGGCGCAAAAUAAUGUACUAAUCUGAACGUGCAAUAAAUCCUUGUGGGGUAAAAGAAUCUCACAAAAAAAAUCUUAAUCGUUUUUUAA